CUUCCAAGGCUGGAAGAGGCUUGGCAGGCAGAGUAAGCCAAAGGAGGCCCAUGUGGUGAGCACAGAGGGCUGGGCAGAAGGGAGCCGUGAGUCUGGGGAGAGUGGACAGGACUCGUGGACAGUGCAGGGCCUGGCAGGUCACAAGGAAGGCUCUGGAUUUUAUCCUAACACCAGGAGAAAGACACUGAAGGGUUUUAAGGAGGCCUUGACUUGAUCUCAUUUGUGCCUUUAAAAGGUCGUCCUGUGGGCUGCGUGAAGAGUGGAUUGCAUAAGCAGGUCCCUCCGUGGCCGCGAGGGGGCAGGACACACUUCUCAAGCUGACUCCAGCCCACAGUCAUUGAACCCCUACUGUGUGCUAGGCACUGUGCUUGGUGGUUUUCGUGUGAGUCAGCUCGUCCACUCCUCUCUGCACAGUUUCUGGUCCAUCCAGAAAGAACCCACGUAAACUGUGAUUCAUUGUCUUGCAGUUGUCCCCAGAAAGCCAGGGUGCAGAGGGAGCUGAGGGUGGAGAGCGAGGGUGCAAUGGGGAGGUGGAUUUAGACAGUUUAACACCAAAGCAGCAGUUGGUGCUCUGUCCAUUGCAGGAUAGCCCAGCCUUGCCACUAGCUAGCUGCAUUCUUGUUCCAAAGUCAGGAUGUACAACGGUUCUACCCUCUGCCUUCCCCGAGAGGUAGCAGUCAGAGGAGAGGAACAGGGCCAUGAAAUCAGCUGGCCCUUUAGGUUCACAAGAAAAUGGUAGUUGGCUUUUGAAAUCAGCUCAUCCCUCAAAUGAGAAGUUCCAGGGGACAGGAAUCCUGUCCUGGUCAUUUUGGUCACUUGCAUUUUGGUCCCCAUAGCAUUCAAGUUAAAAAUGCCUUCCAAUUUAAAAAUGAUGCUCAGUAGAGGCUCUGAGUGUCAGUGGAAUUUGGUUGAGACAGAAAUGGACACAGCACUCCAGGGCUUCAGAGAGAAAUUCUCUAAGCCUGUUUCCCAGGUUUCUUGAGCAAGCAGGUGUCUGGGCAAGCUUGAUCUUGAGAUGAACCCAAGAGGCCUGGGCUACCCUGAAAUACUAUUGUGUUUCAAAAAGAAAAAAAAAAAAACACCACGGACCUUUUCCUCCUUUCAUCUUUCCAAACAAGCAGCCUGAAGUCUUUAACUGGGCACAUUGCUUCACCCGUGAAUCUGAUAAUACUCAUUCUCACGAUCUGUGUGCACGCAGCUACAAAUCCAGAGACCCAGUGUUUACCUUUGCAAAAUAAUGCAUUCAGGUAAGGUUGUUGAAGCCACCCUCUGUGUAUUGAGGGCACUGGCAGCGUCCUGAUGUUAGCCUUGCAAACGGCCCAAAUUUCCGUUGAAAAAGCAAACUUCCCUCGCCACGCUACGCCUUCUUGAAUCUGAUCGUUUAAAUGCAUUAAAGUCUGAUAAAGGCAGCUCCUCUCUCCCCUUUCGGGCUGCAUUUAGAAGGCAAAUCAAGAGGGUUUGCCUUUUCCUAGACACAGCUGAACUCUAUAAAGGGCUUCUGUUUUGUAAUCUGUUUUCGAGAUCUGAUGCGUCUGUUUCUAACACCCCGUCACGUGAGGCGGUCUGACGUAGUCACCCAACACGGCUAUGAGAAAACGUACUGCAGAGGUGUGUGUGGGAUGGGGGGGCCGAGUCCCUGAAGCAGUUCCUUUGUCGGAACACUUUCCACAGCGAAGAGCGGACCCGUGCAGUAAAUUCCACAUCGAUAUGGGCCCCCCACUGGCCCGAAAUGGACUGUGAGUUUGACUUUUGCAGGAUUCCAGAUGACAGUCAUGUCCCUUUCUAGGGACCUCAAGGAUGACUUUCACAGUGACACAGUGCUCUCCAUCUUAAAUGAGCAGCGCAUUCGGGGCAUUUUAUGUGAUGUCACUAUCAUUGUGGAAGACACCAAAUUUAAAGCCCACAGCAAUGUCCUGGCUGCUUCCAGCCUUUAUUUCAAAAAUAUCUUUUGGAGCCACACAAUCUGUAUUUCCAGCCACGUCCUGGAGCUGGAUGAUCUCAAAGCUGAAGUGUUUACAGAAAUCCUUAAUUAUAUCUACAGCUCCACAGUCGUCGUCAAGAGACAGGAAACAGUCACUGACCUUGCAGCUGCAGGGAAAAAGCUGGGAAUAUCCUUCUUGGAAGAUCUUACCGAUCGCAACUUCUCAAAUUCCCCAGGUCCCUACGUCUUCUGCAUUACUGAGAAGGGAGUGGUUAAAGAGGAAAAAAAUGAAAAAAGGCAUGAAGAACCAGCCAUCACUAAUGGGCCGAGGAUCACAAAUGCAUUUUCCAUCAUUGAAACGGAAAAUAGUAAUAACAUGUUUUCUCCACUGGACUUGAGGGCAAGUUUCAAAAAGGUCUCUGACUCCAUGAGGACCUCUAGCCUUUGCCUGGAGAGGACUGAUGUCUGCCACGAGGCGGAGCCCGUCCGGACCCUGGCUGAGCACUCAUAUGCUGUUUCUUCCGUGGCCGAGGCUUACAGAAGUCAGCCUGUACGUGAACGUGAUAGCAACUCACCUGGCAAAACAGGUAAAGAAAAUUGUGAAGCUCUGACAGCAAAGCCGAAAACAUGCCGCAAGCCAAAGACGCUCUCCCUGCCCCAGGAUUCUGAUCCAGCUGCAGAAAAUAUACCGCCUCCUCCAGUAGUAACCAACUCGGAGGUUAACCAGGAAAGAAGUCCACAGCCAGCUGCAGUUCUUUCUCAUUCAAAAUCUCCCCACAACGAAGGCGAUGUCCGUCCUUCCAGGGAAGAUGAAAAUAAAUCCUCGGACGUCCCCGGGCCGCUGACAGCGGAGGUUCCACCCCUCGUUUACAAUUGUAGCUGUUGUUCCAAAUCCUUUGACAGCAGCACUCUGCUCAGUGCCCACAUGCAGCUGCACAAGCCAACGCAGGAGCCGUUAGUGUGCAAGCACUGCAACAAGCAGUUCAGCACCCUGAACAGGUUGGACCGGCACGAGCAGAUCUGCAUGAGGGCAAGCCACAUGCCCGUCCCGGGAGGAAAUCAACGCUUUUUAGAAAACUAUCCUACCAUUGGACAAAACGGAGGUUCGUUCACAAGUCCAGAACCUUUAUUAUCUGAAAAUAGGAUUGGUGAAUUUUCCAGUUCCGGAAGUACCUUGCCGGAAACGGACCACAUGGUUAAAUUUGUUAACGGGCAGAUGCUCUACAGUUGUGUUGUAUGCAAACGUAGUUACGUGACUUUAUCCAGCCUCCGGAGACAUGCAAAUGUUCACUCAUGGAGAAGAACAUAUCCUUGCCAUUACUGCAACAAAGUGUUUGCGUUGGCUGAGUACAGGACAAGACAUGAAAUUUGGCACACGGGAGAAAGGCGCUAUCAGUGUAUUUUCUGCCUUGAAACCUUCAUGACCUACUAUAUACUCAAAAACCAUCAGAAGUCUUUCCAUGCCAUAGAUCAUAGACUGUCCAUUAGUAAAAAAACAGCCAAUGGGGGCCUGAAGCCUAGUGUCUAUCCAUAUAAACUUUAUAGACUCCUGCCUAUGAAAUGCAAGAGGGCUCCUUAUAAGAGCUACCGAAACUCUUCCUAUGAAAAUGCUCGAGACAACAGUCAGAUCAGUGAGUCUGCACCUGGUCCCUAUGUCAUUCAGAAUCCACACAGCUCUGAAUUACCUUCGCUGAAUUUCCAAGACAGUGUAAACACCUUGACCAAGAGUCCACCCAUCCCAUUGGAAACACCUGCAUGUCAGAACAUACCCACUUCUGCCAGUGUGCAAAAUGCAGAGGGUACCAAAUGGGGACAGGAGCCACUGAAAGUUGAUGUUGACAAUAACUUUUAUUCAACUGAGGUGUCAGUUUCUUCCACCGAAAAUGCUGUCAGUUCUGCCGUCCCUGCCAGAGAAGCUCCCGUGUUGUCUGUGAGUAAUGGCAGUGAGAACUCCGCCUCUGUGAUUAGCUACAGUGGCUCAGCACCGUCGGUCAUUGUGCACAGUAGCCAGUUUUCCUCGGUGAUAAUGCACAGCAACACUGUUGCUGCCAUGACCAGCAGCAACCACAGAGCCCCUUCAGACCCGGCUGUCAGCCAGUCCCUGAGAGAUGACGGCAAACCUGAGCCAGACAAAGGGAGUAGAGUCGCCAGCAGACCCAAAACCAUUAAGGAGAAAAAGAAAACUAUACCAUGUAUCAGGGGAGAACUACCAGAGGAGUCAAAAUACACUGCUGACCCCGGAGGGUCGUUGAGCAAAACCACAAACAUCGUUAAAGAAACCAGUAAAAUUGAAACCUACAUUGCGAAGCCUGCUCUACCUGGAACCUCCACAAAUAGCAACGUCGCGCCCCUCUGCCAAAUAACAGUGAAAAUUGGGAAUGAAGCCAUCGUGAAAAGGCAUAUCCUAGGAUCGAAACUGUUCUAUAAGAGAGGGAGAAGACCCAAGUAUCAAAUGCAGGAGGAGACUCUGCCACGAGAGAGCGACCCGGAGACCAACAGAGACAGCCCGCUGGGGCUUUGCCAAUCCGAGUGCGUGGAGAUGAGCGAAAUGUUCGAUGACGCAAGUGACCAGGAUUCCACUGACAAACCGUGGCGCCCGUACUACAACUACAAACCCAAAAAGAAAUCCAGACAGUUGAGAAAAAUGAGGAAAGUCAACUGGAGGAAGGAGCAUGGAAACAGGAGCCCAAGCAAUAAGUGUAAAUACCCAGCAGAACUGGACUGCGUGGUGGGGAAGUCUCCUCAGGAGAAGGCCUUUGAGGAAGAAGAAAAUAAAGAGAUGCCUAAGUUGCAGUGUGAACUCUGUGAUGGAGACAAGGCCUCAGGGGCUGGAAACCAAGGAAGGCCCCACCGGCACCUCACUGCCAGGCCUUAUGCGUGCGAGCUCUGCGCCAAGCAGUUCCAGAGCCCUUCCACGCUCAAGAUGCACAUGCGGUGUCACACGGGAGAGAAGCCGUACCAGUGCAAGACCUGCGGGCGGCGCUUUUCCAUGCAAGGAAACUUACAGAAACACGAACGCAUCCACCUGGGCGUGAAGGAGUUCAUCUGUCAGUACUGCAACAAGGCGUUCACGUUGAACGAGACCCUCAAAAUCCACGAAAGAAUCCACACUGGUGAAAAGCGUUACCACUGUCAGUUCUGCUUCCAGAGUUUUUUGUAUCUGUCCACGAAAAGGAAUCAUGAGCAGAGGCAUAUUCGGGAGCAUGACGGGAAGGGCUACGCCUGCUUCCAGUGCCCCAAAAUUUGCAAAACAGCUGCUGCCCUUGGGAUGCACCAGAAGAAACACUUAUUCAAAAGCCCAAGUCAGCGGGAGAAAAUAGAAGGAGACGUGUGCCUCGAAAACUCAGAUCCCCUGGAAAAUCCACAUUUCGUUGAUUCAGAAGACAAUGACCAAAAGGAUAACGUACAGACCAUUGUUGAAAAUGUCCUUUGAAUGGCAAUACUUGGAAAAAUCUUCAAAAACCUAAGUUGGUGGCUUUAUGUUUUUUGGGGUUUUUUUUAGUUAGCCGUUUCCUUUUUUGUUUUCGUUUUUCAGUUUAGUUUUGUUCACAUAACAGUCAUAAAGGAGUGAAGUGUAAAAAAAGAAAAUCUCAUUUGUGAAAAUUCCAGAAAAAGGAUCCUAAUAUCUACUUUGGGUUUUAGCAUUAACUUCAUGCAAAGUGCACAAAAACGAAAUAGCCGGUCCUCCAGUACACCGAGUGUCUUGUGAGAGCUGACGAAGUUCUUAGCUGUGGUAUUCCUGCCAGUGAAAACAAAGAGUUUAACUUUAGCCUAACUUAAAACUUUCUAGUAAGUGCUAAUAGGAACCGGCUGCUGAACUGUCUUUAGUCACUGGAGAAAAUAAGGGUCGGAUAUCAUGAAAAUGUCAUCUUCAUAAAUAUGUUAAAAGGUGAACAAGCUACAACAGUCAUUAUUCCCAUCCAGCUUCUGCACUAUUAAAACUUGUUUAAAUUAAUGGAUACAUAUGAAGUAAUAAUAUAGCUGAAAAUACGUGUGAAAUGAGUAACUUAAGUAGGACGUUCAUACAUCACCUAGAACUACUUUUCUGCACACAAACCUUGUAAAAUACAUAUAUAAAUCACUCUAACUUUUAACUGUCCAUGUCCCCUGUAGAGAAUUAUAAUGAUGAGCAAUAGAUCUGCAAAUAAUGAGGACUGAUGUAAAAAUCAAUAGAAAGCAUUUUGAAUAGGACUUAAGAGCAUGUGUGUGCUUUUAGAUGGAAUGCUGUUCUCUUGCAGUUAUGGCUGAGCUGUGUUAGAAUUGGUCUACUCGAGUCACAGAAAACAUAGGUCAUGCCUUAUCUAUGGGGGAGAGCCUUCCCAGAACUUACCUGUGAUUACCUGUGCUGUGUAUUACUUUGCAGUGGCCUCACUUCAGAAAAUGAAGAAGGGUCAAAUUCUUCUGAAACGCCCUACAGUCUUCCAUCUAUCACAAGGCCAUGGCUGUGGAGGUCUAGUCCAGAUAGACGUACCCAGUCCCAGGGGUCAAGUAAAACCUGACACCUCCCGUUCCACAGAAGGAGUGUCCAGGAAGUUUAGCGCAAGGCACACAUACAGUGAUGAAUUCCCAGGCACUUGAAAGUGACAGAAAGCCUAGUCCCUACAAUUAUUAGCCCUCUUGGAGAUUAUGCAGCCUACAAGUGUAUACUAGUAUAAAACAAAAGGACAACAGAACCCCCCCACCAACCCAUUAAUGAUUUGAUUGGGCAAGAGGAAUUGAUGAUCUUCCUUGCCUCAAACAGUGGCUUUGUUUUGGGGAGGAUGGGGAGAUAGAAUGUGGAAUGACAAGGUUCCAUCACUUACUUACAUGACUUAGAAAUAUAUCCACAAAGCCAAAUGCCUUGUCUUCGUGUUUGCAGAUAUCCAGCCCCCUUACCUAAAAAUCCGCUCAAGUUUUUUAAUGUUCUUUUAUGCUGGCCCACACCAUCGGCAUUGCCCUCAAAGUCUAAUUACCCUCUAGGAUACUCCAUCAUGUGGACUAGGUUCCUGGGAAGCUGGAACUCGUGACUCUUACUUUUUAAACUGCCAGAAUAGGAGGGAGAGAGAAGACAUUCCUACGCUUUGAUCACCAGUGUGGGCAGAAUGCAGAGCCUGGUUUCAGGGUGACUUGCAGCCAUUCAUGUUCACGGGAUUUGGGAGACGGAAACCCAAGUUUACCCAAGGUUCCCAUGACGAAGAAGUAGCUCAAAGGACUCCAGUUUCUCUCUCCAAGUGUUGUGAUGUCUCCAUGAAGAAGACUUAAUAUGGAUUUGGGUGGGCAAGAAAGCAUUUCACACCCGGAAAAGGACGUGAUCAGAGCUGACCUUUUUAUACUGUAGUACUUUGCUGUUAAGUAAGCCCAAUAUUGUACCUGCAUUUAUCUUUGUUCUACUUUCACUCACAUACAGUAUUAUGUAACAGAGGCAAAUGGGAAAAUGCAAACGGACUCAACUUUAUUUUAUACAUUGUAUAUAUGUACACCUGCACUAUUCAUUUGGGUUUCGUUAAAGAGAUGGUCACAAAGGGCUUAUGAAAAUCUUUUUCAAAUUGAUAAUUAGAAUAUUGAAUAAGCAAUCCUGUGAUCUAUUAAUUUGUUUAUCUCGAUUAGGAUUAUGAAUCAAGGAGAAUUACUGUGCAUUUUAGUCAUUUUGAUUUGAGGUAACUCCAAAUAUAAAAUUAUUACAUGUAGUGAUGUCUCCCAGCCCUUACAUGUGGAUAUUUUUUAAGUGGACUUGUAUGCUGAUAAUUCUAGACCAAAGUAAAUAUGGCAGAAUAUUUAUACAUGAAAAAAUAAUUUUGCAAAUAUUUUCUAUAAUUGUAUUAUUCGUUUAAAAUGUUGAUAGCUUGUGUUAGUUUCAGGGAGGGGUGUAUAUUUUGAUAAAAAAUACUUGACUUUGUAAUUCUGUAUAUUCUAUACAAUUUAUAGCAGAGCCGUUUUAAGACUAAGCCUUGUCACAUUUUUUGUUAAUUGUGAAAACUUUAUUAUGAGUGAUGUUUAAGUAUGCAUUGACCACAUACUGACCAACUAGAAUUAAAGUAAGUGUAUAAACAGUGAGCAUACUGUAUGCUGUACAAGAUAUACUGUAAUUUGCUGUUUUAGCAUCUGUAUUUUGGUUAGAAGAUAUUAUUAAAUGCAGAUGUCAAGGGUUGGAGAAGUCUAAUUUUAUUUUUAGAAAUAAUGAAUAUAAAUUUGUCUUUGCUUGAUUAAAAUAGCUUAUUCCUAUGUUAAGUCUCUUUUUAAAUGUUUUAAUGUUAAUUCUUCUGUGCAGCCAAGCAGCUGUUUCAUCUCUGUGAGUCAGAGCAUUGUUUCACGUAUUAUUCAUUCAAUAUAUUUCUGUUUCCUUGUUUACAUUCCAUAGUACCUACUUCCAUGCUUGGGACUCAAAUGGAAUAUGACAUUAAAAAAAAGUAGAAUAAGA